AGCUCCUCAGCUAUUCUCUGUUCGCAUUUCCGAUCUGAACCAUCUCCGGCUCCGGCUCAGGUUCAUAAUGGCGGAGGAGGCUUCACCGGCUAGCCGCACCUUCAUCUUCAUCGCUCUCGUAACCUUCAUUAUCGAUUCUCUUAAUGUCUCAGCCAAUCAGAGCAGCCCUGCUCUUCUUCUCAAUUCACUACCAGUUCCAGUGAUGGUGCUACCUCUCUACCACUCCGCUCCUAAUUCAUCUUCCUCUUCUUCUUCUUCAUCGACGACGUUCAAUUCGCGCCGUCACCUCCAGGGAUCCGACUCGUCGUCCAACCGCCCCAACGCUAGGAUGAGCCUCUACGACGAUCUCCUCCGCAACGGGUACUACACGACGCGGCUUUGGAUCGGAACGCCGCCGCAGAUGUUCGCUCUGAUCGUUGAUACUGGCAGCACCGUCACCUAUGUGCCUUGCGCUUCUUGUCAACAGUGCGGUAGACACCAGGAUCCCAAGUUUGAUCCCGAGUCGUCGAGCUCGUACCAAGCUGUGAAAUGUAAUAUUGACUGCUCUUGUGACAAUGAGAGGGUGAAUUGUAUAUACGAGAGGCAGUAUGCCGAAAUGAGCAGUAGUAGUGGUGUGUUGGGGGAGGAUCUUAUAUCGUUUGGGAACCGGAGUGAUCUCAAGCCGCAGAGGGCUGUUUUUGGGUGUGAGAAUAAGGAGACUGGUGACCUGUUCAGCCAGCCAGCUGAUGGGAUAAUGGGACUGGGACGUGGUGAUCUGAGUGUGGUGGAUCAGCUUGUGGAGAAGGGUGUGAUAAGUGACUCGUUCUCGUUGUGUUAUGGUGGGAUGGACAUUGGUGGAGGUGCGAUGGUUCUUGGUGGGAUUUCGGCUCCUAAAGAGAUGGUUUUUACGCAGUCAAACCCCGGACGAAGUCCAUACUACAAUAUUGAUUUGAAGGAGAUACAUGUAGCUGGGAAGCAAUUGCAGCUGAGCCCGAGCAUCUUUGAUGGGAAACAUGGAACAGUCCUGGAUAGUGGCACAACAUACGCUUACCUUCCAGAAGAAGCAUUUCUAGCAUUUAAAGAAGCUAUCAUGAAGGAACUCAAUUUACUCAAACAGAUCAGUGGCCCUGAUCCCAACUAUAAUGAUAUAUGUUUCUCCACUGAUGGAAGUGAUGUGUCUGAACUUUCAACCACCUUCCCGCAAGUUGACAUGAUAUUUGGCAAUGGGCAAAAGUUCGGCCUAUCUCCUGAAAAUUAUUUAUUCCGACAUUCAAAGGUCCGUGGUGCUUAUUGUCUUGGGAUUUUUCAAAAUGGAAAGGAUCCAACUACACUUUUGGGAGGAAUUCUUGUCCGGAAUACUCUUGUAACAUAUGACCGUGAGCAUUCCAAGAUUGGCUUUUGGAAAACUAAUUGUUCCGAGUUAUGGGAAAGACUUCACGUAUCUCCUUCACCUCUACCAAUGCCUCCCACUUCUGAGGGAAAUAAUCCAACUGCUGAAACACAUCCUACAGUAGCUCCUUCUGGAUCCCCGUAUGUAAUUUCAGGAGACCUCCAAAUUGGACACAUUACAUUUGACAUCUCUUUAAACAUCAGCUACUUAGAUCUGAAGCCCCACAUUACAGAACUGAGCGAAUUCAUAGCUCAGGAAUUAGACGUUGACACUUCACAGGUCAAUUUAGUUAAGUUUUCUUCCAGUGGAAAUCAUUCCUUUAUGAAAUGGGACAUAACGCCCGCAGAUUCUACUGACUACAUGUCUAAUACAACAGCUGUGGCUAUAAUUUCCAGGCUUGCUGAACAUCGGUUGCAGUUUCCUGUUAUGUUUGGAAAUUAUAAGUUGAUUGGAUGGAAGGUUGAGCCCAAGGCAAAACGGACAUGGUGGAGGAAGAGUCAUGUGGUGGUUGUAUCAAUCUUGGUCAUUCUUGUUUUAGGAUUAUUAGUUUCCGGAUUGUGGCUUUUCUGGAGACACCGAAAACGGACUGCUCAUCCAUACAAGCCUGUGGAUGCGACUGUUACAGAGGCAGAACUCCAGCCACUUUGAAAUUCUGGAAGCUGCCUUUGCUCAGUGGUUGAUGGCACAAAAUGGCUGCCAUCUGCAUUUUUGACUCACAUGACAACUAAUAUAUCUGGAAUCACAAGGUACUCGAAGUGAUCAAGAUUAUUGUUCAAUAUGAUGAAUCUUUCUUUGGAGUCACGAAGAAAAUGAUGCUGAUAUUAAAGCCUAGAUAGUAGAGAGGUAUAGAUAGAACCACUCACAUUUUGGCUUUGUAAACUUCAUUGAAUUUGUAUAUGAAUAGCUGUAACAACAUAUAAGUGAAUCAAAAUUA